AUGAAGCUUUAUGUAACUUCAGACCCUACAACUGCCCAUACGCUGGAUCUGAAUGUUCAGUCACCGGAGACAUUCUUUUUCUGGUUACCCAUCUCAGUGAUGACCACAAAGUCGACAUGCACACAUGCUAUACUUUUAACCACCGUUAUGUCAAAUCCAACCCCUCGUGAAGUUGAGAACGCUAUUUGGAUGCUAACAGUGUUCCAUUGUUUUGGGCAGUACUUCUGUCUUCACUUUGAGGCGUUUCAGCUAGGGAUGGCACCUGUUUACAUGGCGUUUCUUCGAUUCAUGGGGAAUGAAGCAGAUGCAAGGAAUUACAGCUACAAUUUAGAGGUCGGAGCCAACGGAAGGAAGCUGAUUUGGGAAGGAACACUGAGGAGUAUCAGAGAUAGCCAUAGGAAGGUAAGAGAUAGUAAUGAUGGGUUGAUUAUACAAAGAAGAGAGAAUGAGGCUGAUGAUUGCUAUAGGUUUCAGACAUUAGGGGUAUAA